AUGCAAAACGCGGCGACAAUUAUUGUUAUUAUAAUUGCAGUUAUAACUGCAUUAUCUUAUAAUUGGAUAGAUGAAUCUAUAACUAUUUCUGGAUUUAGAAGACCAGAUAUUAAACCUUACGAAGGAGGAAAAUGUAGAGUAAUUGAAGGAAUUGAAACUUGUGAAGAUAUAGUUAUUCAUCAUCGAACUGGUCACGCUUUUAUGGCCUGUGGUGAUAAAACGAUUAGAAGUCAAGUAUUUUAUCCACCAAUUAACCUUAUUACAGAUACGACUCAACUAAUAAGAGAUACUCCUUACAUUUAUGACAUUAAUAAUGAUAAACUUAUUCCACUUGAAUUAAAAAAUUUUCCACCGGAAGAAGAUUUUUUGUUAUGUGGAAUGGGAAUAUACGAGGAUGAAAAAAAUGAACCAAAUAAAUUAUAUGUAUUUUUUACAAAUCACAAAAAAACUGGUAGUGUUAUUGAAAUCUUUGAACAUAUCCUGAACACAAAUGAAUUAGUUCAUUUAAGUACCGUUAAAAAUGAUUUAAUUAUUACUCCAAAUGAUGUCGUACCCGUUUCAAAGGAUGAAUUUUAUGUUACUAAUGAUCAUGGUCAUGAAACCGGAUUUUGGAGAGAAUUUGGUGAUAUUACUCGUCGUCCAUGGGGAAAUGUUGUAUUUCAUUCUUCAAUUACGAAUACAACUGAGAUUGUUGCAGAUAGUAUAAGAUAUCCUAAUGGAAUAACUUCAAAUUGGGAUAAUUCUAAAAUAUAUGUUGGAACUUCUGCUGGUGGAGAACUUUUAAUUUAUGAUCGUAAAUCAAAUAAUAAACUUCAUCUAUCGGAAAGUUUAUUUACCGGACUAUCAAUUGAUAACAUAAGUGUUGAUGAACAAACUGGUGAAAUUUAUUGUGCUGCAACACAAAAACCUUUGGCUGCAUUGGUUUAUAUGAGAGAUCGCACUGGAACAGCUCCUCCACAACCAGCUGCUAUCAUAAAAGUAAGUAACAAUACAGCCGAAGAUAAAUUCUACGGAAUAAAAUAUUCUCAAAAGAUAAUUUUUGAGGAUAAUGGAAGCAUCUUACCUUCCGUAUCAAUUGCUACUGCAGAUAGGCAAAGGAAUGUAAUGCUUUUGGGUACUUUUCGUGGAGAUGGUAUAGCUAGGUGUGAACUAGAGUCGCUUAUCGAAAUUAAUUGA